AAAAAGAUAGACUAGUGGUGAAUUUAUAUUUUAUACUGAAAAGUUAUUACUAUUAGUUACAGUGCACAGAAUUCUUGAAAUUGAAUUGUGAGUUUGGAAUAUAAAUGAGAUCAAUAAAGUGUGUUUGUAAUAGGGAUUUUUAUGUGUUUAUUGUAACCAUGAUUUAAAACUUAUAUAUUUAGCUAUGAGUAAUAAUACUGAAAAUGAUAGGUCGAUAACAACUGAAAAAAUGUAUCCAAUCGACUUAGCUCCGCAGAAAAUAACAAUUGUAAAAAAUUCGCCCAAUACAGAAGUAAAAAUGGCUCAUUUAAUGUCGGGCCAAAAUAAGUCCACAAGUACUAAUCAAAUAAUUACUCAUACGAAUUCUGCGCCUGUGAGCUUAAUGCGCACAGCUACUGCUGCACAAAUAAAUUCCCCUGGCGUUGUGUCGCAGGGCACCCAGAUUGUAAGUCAAGGAACACAGCUGAUCAGCCCUAACACACAGAUUCUAACACCACCUCAAUUAAUAUCAAGCAGCCAGAUAUUGAGUCCAGGCACACAAAUUAUAAGCCAAGGUUCCCAGCUGUCAGCACAAGUAUCUAGUGGGAAUCUGGUUUCAAGUGUUAUGCCUACUACUAUAACAAGCACGGUGAAUGUAGCUGGACCAAUUGUUGGUGGAACUAGUAAUAUAGUUGUUAGCACACCAGUGAGGACGCUCCCCUCUGGUGUUAGGGUCCUUCCACCCAUUCAACAUCACAACACAAGACCAGCUUUGACAUCAGUGGUGAGCAAUACUAGUGGUGUUCUGGUUACUAAAGCAGUAACAAGUCAUGUACCAAGAGGACUAGCAGCAGGGGCCUCCUUAGCUGUGAGACCAGUUACAGUGUCUACCCAACCUACACUCAGCCAAGGUGCCAAGGGGGAAUUUUUGAGCAGCUAUAGAGGAAGAAGUGCUGUUGUGUAUGGCUCUCGAGGCAUGGGACGCGGGGCUUCAACGCGGCAACCGUCCCCUGCCCCAACACUGUCCAACACUCCGGCAAACACACAAUCCGCUCCAGUUGCUCAUUCGGCUAUAGUCACAUUGGCUACAACAACUGCCCUUUCACAAAGCAGUGUGAUAUCUAGCACAGUGCGCGGAACUACAAUAAGUCCUAUCACCAAUGUUAUUACCAGACCUAAGACCCCAACACCACCGCCAGCUACUGCAAGACCUCUGCCACUCUUACAGAGAAACUAUCAACCUGCCAAGGUGGUAAGCGUGGCUAAUGUUGGGGUACGCGGCGUGGGCAACAGUGCGCCUGCGCAGCUUUACUACGAAGUGCAGCGGGGCACACAGACGCAGCUUCCUAGACCAGCUACGCCGUACUCGAUGCAUACCACACAAGCAAAUGUCGCCACCACGGUACAUACAACACCAGAAGUCCGUCAAGCCAGCACCACUGUUGCGAGCUCAAUGAUUCCAAGACCUUCAAUACUGAGGAAACGGGAUGUUGAUGGGUCUCCAUCAAAGAAUCAAGCAGCCAAUGUCAGUACUAUAACUAGUGUUGGUAACGUAUCGGGAAACUUGAGUAGCCUAAAUGCUAACAAUGCAAGUAAUUUGAACAAUAUAGGCACAAUCAGUAAUAUCGGUAGUGUGGUUCACGUCGGUAAUGUAAAUGCCAACACUAUUGGUGCGGUCAACAUAAACAACAGCGUAGGACGCGUCAGCAAUAUCGGCCCUGUCAUGAACAUAGAGAGCAUCAAUAUGGGUAGUGUUGUGAACAGUUUAUCGAUAAACAACGUCGGCAACGUUAAUAUAUCGAAUGUCAUCACUAACACGAACAGCGUUAACAGUAAUAUGACUGGAGUCGCUAAUAUUGGUAGCGUGUACGUGAAUAGUACUGGAUGGGAGGAUGUGACGACGAGCCAGGGUCCUGGGACGGGCUCCACGACGAUAUCGGCUGCCAGCUCGCCAGUGCCGGAGGAACCAGAACCUCCAAGGAACACUGACAUAUCUCCCAGGAAGAAGCCGCGAAAACAAAUUCUGAGCAGUGAGAUACGUCAAUGUGAGUCUCCUGCCGAAGAAAAGUCGCCGUCGCCAUCGCCGCCGGUCGCAGCGCCCAUCAAUCCUAUACCUAAACGUCCGUCGCUGAGUUCAGGAUUCGUGUGUGGAUGGCGGAGCACGGCCCUGCACUUCACGCGGCCGGCUGACGUACGUCGCAAGCACGCGCGGGCCGCUGAUAUCCUCGCCAUCGCCACCAGGAAACACGUGCUGCUCUCCGCCGAGGGCUGGAAGGUGCACCACCUCACCGCGCAAAUGGACGACUUGGUGUCGUUAGAGGCGGAUGUAGGUGAGGAAUUGUCGGAAGUGUUGCGAGCGCUCGAGGCGGCGUCAACUAGCACACGAACACACGCGCCCAUCGCCGCGCUGAAGCCGCUGUCGCAUUCGCUACUCGAACUAAUCAAGGGCAACAUACAACGGAGCAAGAUUGUUUGUGAAGGAAUACAGGAGGCUCGCGAAGAUAUACUCAGAGUAUUCAAACACAGGGACUUUGUGUCGGAGAUCCUGACAAGACAGGCUGACCAGAGAUCAAUCAGGAAACACCGUUCUCAAUCUUAAUACAUAAACUUGACUACUAGACCUAAGCUACCAUACUAGAAUUUAGUAGAAAUGAUCUGACCUUAUGAAAUCUUGUAAAUAAUGUACAUAAUAUUAUAAAUUUUUAUUGAUUAUGAUGAGAAUAUGAAUUGUUUCUAAUUGUGAUGAAUUUUAAUUAUACGACUUUAUAAUAAUAAAGUAUGCUAGAAUUACUUAUGUAUUUGUACGUUAUAUUUAUUAUAUUAUAUUCUUACUACUGUGGCUUUUGUGGAAGACACAUCACAGAUUUGCCAGUAUCACUUUAAAGUAGACUACCAAGCUUUGAGUAUGUGUCUCCUAAGUUUAACGGUAAUGAUUGGUGUUAAGAUUACAUAAAGUGUUAUAAUUUAUCUGAAACAAAUAAUAUACAUGCAGUUAGACUAUAAAGGACAUACACAGAUAAAUAUUGCUUAAAUUAUUAAAUAUAAGGUAGGUUAAUGCUAUUUACAACUUCGUUUUAAUAUAUAUACUUACCCAAAGUUUUUACAAAAGGAGUGCAAAUUAGGGAGAGAAGACAUUUAAAGGAGGUUGGACUAGGAUCUUCAGGGAGUAUAUAAUAGUACAUAGAAGCAUUUAAGGACAACUGAAGAACAAAUGACCCACAUUUCCCUCGUCAAGGCUACUAUCACAAAGGGAAUUAUCUGUAAGUUUAGCUAGAAAAUGUGGAGUGCAGACAUGGUUUAAACAUGGCAUGUAGUUGAGAUUAUUGCUUUAUUAUGUAUUCUACAUUUUGAGAAAUGAGGUUUUUGAGGAAUUGCAGGUUGGAGUACUCCGUAAAAUUUUCCUUUAGAAGUUUUGAUAACUUGACAAAUGUUUGACCAACUCUCAUACAUCUUGGGUUUCAGCAUAGUGUGCAUAUGAGUGGAUAUUUCAGAAUACUGCAAGGAAUCUGUGCGAGCAACUGAUCUAGCACAGGCAUCUGCAUUUUCAUUACCAGGAUAUGCCCACACGACCUGGAAUCCAUGCUAAAAGUAUGUUAAUAUUGAGUUUAUAGAACUCUUUAACAGAUUCUCCUAUUUUGAGUAUAAUUGGAAGCUGACUUUUUAACCUAAAUGGAUUUGAGAGAAUUAAUUGAAGGCAACUUUUAGAGUCUGAGAGAGUAAUAGAAUUAUUCAUGCUGUGAGACUUAACAAAUAGAAUUGCUUCGAGUAUGGCAAUAGGAGGCAAUAUAACACAGAAGUGGAAGAUGGGCAGGUAUAACUCAGAUUAAUUCUUGUUGAGGGAAUCCAUACUGUAGCAACAACCGGACCACUGUCUGUCUUUGAAGCAUCUGUGUAGAUUUUAUACCUUUUUUUGGAAAUCUUAAGUUUAUAAUAUGUUUUAUUUAAUUCUAAGGAAAACUUAGUCUAAAAUUACUGAGGGUUGGAAAUUAAGUGCAUUGAAAAUAAAGGGUAACAAUUGAUAAUGCUAGGACUUUUGUCUUCAGGUACACUAUUAUUAUCAUUGUAAUGAACAACUAAUUGUUCUAAUUUUUGGAGCAAGGGAUGAAGUGUUUACUAAGUGGAAUUGUCUACGAAGGGAAAAAGGUGUAUUCACACAUUCUACUUGCACUGCAUUAAUAGUUCUGGAUUUCAUAGCUCCCAAUAUUAUACGUAAACAUUUAGCCUGAAUUCUGUACACUUUAUUCAGGCCUGGUUUGUUUCCUGGGAUCAAAAAAUUAGUGCCAAAAUCUAAAUGAGUGUACAAUAAGACAUUGUAUAAUAAUUUUCGAGUGAAGGGAUGAGCUUCCCACCAGACACCAGACAAAGAGUAAAGAGUAUUAAUAUUUUCUCACAUUUCUGUGAGACAAUCAAAAUGCUUGAUGCCUGAAAUUAUUAAUCCAACCAAAUACACUAAUAUAGUUAUAACUUAACAUUAUUAACAACAUUAUUAUCUUUGUCUUAAAUUUGUGAAUAAAACUACUUUGCUUUUAGAAGUUGAUAAAGACAGUCCAUGUUGCAUUAAAUAUUCAGCAAGAUAAUCAAGAGCAUUAUUUAAAUGAUUAGAUGAAUCUUGUAUAGCCUUGUCAGACAAUACAGGACAAUAUCAUCUGCAUAUUGCAAUAUUUGGCAGAAAGGUGUUACAGUACUAUAAUUGAGGUCGCGGGUAUACAGAUUGUAUAGAAGGGGAUUAAGAAUUGAGCCUUGAGGUAAACCUUUCCAAACUGACAUAGGAGGGUGGUAAGAGGAUGGACCUUGGCUUGGACUUAGUAUCCCGUUGCACGAAUUAGGAGGUAAAAAAUAUUGUAGUUGAUGGAGCUUUAGUCCACGAUUAUAAUACUACCACUCUUAUUAAAAGGCAAUGCACAGUUUUCAAGAAAAUUACGAAAAAAAAAUCUAACCUAUUACGGCUAAAUCAUGUAAAUAAAACGCUUGCAUGGCCGCUAAGUACACUGUACAAAAUUGGCCCGGAAAAGAGAAAGUUUUGAAGGAAAAUUCAAAUAAUAUGCCAGCAGUAAAAAAGAGCAGUAUCAAAGGGAAGGUAGGUUCAUAUCACAGAACACUUACUCUAACGAGGUAUAUACUAAUGAGAUAAAACAUGGGUAAAUGGAGAUUCUAUACAAUAUAGGUUAUCCAUUGAAUUAUAAUAAGAUUAAUUAAGCAUUAUAUUAAUAAAUGUAUUCAUUUUAGAAA